GCAUUUGACGUCAUUGUGGUCAGCUGACUGAAGCUGCAGCUCCACACUUUGAGGCGAAAUGUAUUUUUAUGUGGUGUUUUCAGGCGUUUUAAAGUAAAAUAACAUCAAGUUUUUCUCGUCAUAUUUUCACAUGUUAUAUGUGAGUCAUGUCGGGGUGAAAACAAUCUCUCUGGACCAAUUAACGUCAUUUUUAUAAACGUUUGUUUGUGUGAAGCUCGGGUCGCAGACAUGAAGUUAAAAACUUUGAGUGUCUUUGUAUUUCUCCUCAACAUCACCGAGACUUCAGCAGCUUCUCAUGUCAUCACUGUUGAUGUGGGGAGAUCAGUAGGAGACCUCAAACACUUUUGGAGAAGCACUGGUUUCUGGUGAGUCAAAGAGGAAGUCCUUUUAUUUCAUCAUGGACACUCAUGUACUGAACACACACACACACACACACACACACACACACACACACAACCACUGACCCACCACUUAGAAUUAUCUACAAUUACCUGCACUUUAUAUCUGUAAACCAACUUAAAACCCUUCAAACCUUAUUUGCACUACUGUAAAUACAUCCAAUAUUGCACUACUUCAUGAUUUAUCUGUCAUAUACUUAUAUUUAUAGUCUGAUUUUAGCCUUUAUAUUUAUAACCAUAUGUAUAAUCUGCUCACAGCCUGUACAUACUUAUAGUUAUAGCACAUUCAUAACAAUGUUGUAUACCCAUGAUAUACUCAUGUAAAUAUCUCCUUCAUACUGUGUACAUUUGUAAAUAUAUUUAUACUUGCUAAGCUCUUCUGGAUGGAUGCAAACUGCAUUUCGUUGCUCUGUACUUGUGACUUAUUCUAUUCGACUUUACUUUAUUCACUUGUUGUUUUUCCAGCAAAUGAAAUAACUCUCUAUUUUUUAUUAUUAUUUUUUAUGUAUCUAAACCGUUUCCAUGAAGUCAGUGGAAAAGCUGAGAUAAUUUAAGUUUAAUUUAAGUAAUUUUAUCAACCUGUAUUUUCCCAAACUUAACUAGAGGUCUGUGUAUUUGUGUGUGUUUGUGUGUUCAGCCCUCCACUCCCUCACACAGACGCCCACCUGUACGACCUGAGCAUCGACCAGCAGCUCAACCUGGCUUAUGUGGGCUCAGUUCCCCAUGGAGGGAUCCAGCAGGUUCGGAUGCACUGGAUGUUGGAGCUGGUUUCUGCACAGUAAGUGAAACCAGAAGGUGAAGACUUCUCCUGCAAAUCUGGAAUCAAAUCCCUGAAGAAACAUGCAGCUUAUUAUCAGGAGUAUCAGGUGCUGGUUUGGAGGUUUUUUUUAACCAUCUUUCUAUUAAUCUUAAACACGCUGAUUAUGUUUUUGCAGAGAUAUUGGAGGAUUAACACAGUAUGACUUUACUAAAUUGGACCAGCUGAUAGAUCUCUUGUGGAUCAACGGACUUCAACCAGGUAUGAUCAUCUAGUACAGAUAUAGACAAACUGAGAACAGCUAUGAAGUGUCAUAGUGCUUUAUAACAGCUGUAAAUCUGCAAACACGACCCAAAGAGGGGCUUCUGUGAGAAUAAAUUAUUAAAAAACUGAGUUUAAUAAAUUAGAAAUUAUGAGUAAUUCAAAUGUAAGUUUGCUGAUCGUGUUUGCCGUGAAUAUCUGAGCCGUAAUAUUUGAUUUCUGCACUUUUCAGGCUUUGAACUGAUGGGCAGCGUCUCCAACUACUUCACUGACUUUGAGGACAAAUCUCAGGUGUUCAAGUGGAGGAAUCUGAUUUAUAUCAUGGCCAAGAGGUACAUCGGUAAGCGGAUCAUCUAAAUUUGUGAUGCCAAAGUGUAACUCCUCCUAAAAAUGUAAAAAUGGUCAAUUUAAAUUUAGCAUAACACCUGAAAAAUUCUAAUAUCUACCAUUUAACUUUAAAGCUUUGUUUGCACCCUAGAAAUAAAAUGUUAUUUGACUCCUGUUCUAUUUAGUUAAAAUGUUAAGUCUUAUUUAUGAUUUGCAGACAAAUACGGCCUGGGAUAUGUUUCUCGGUGGAAUUUUGAAACAUGGAACGAGCCAAACAACCAUGACUUUGAUAAUAUCACCGUGUCAAUUCAAGGUAAGAUUCAGCAUGCUUCACACACGACAAAUUUGUCUUUUCAUUUAUGAGCAGAAAAUGCUGCCAAAUUUGUCUUUUUGUGCAAAAAAUUCUGUUUUUACUCAUUUAUAUUUCCAUAUUUUACAAUGAACUACAAAAAUGUUAAGCAUGUAUACUUAUAGUAAUAACUUUUGCAUAUAGAGAGUAUAAUCAGCUGAUCUCUCUCAUCUGUCUCAUUCACAAACACACAGUCCUACCUACAGAUGAAGAGUCUGCUUUCUGUGGUUGCUCUCACUGUAACAAACUUUUCUUCAGGGUUUCUAAACUACUACGACGCCUGUUCGAACGGUCUGCAUGCCGCCAGCAGUCUCCUGAGGUUUGGGGGUCCAGGAGACCUCUGUGACUCCCCCCCACACUCCCUGUACUGCUGGGCCAUGCUGCAGCAUUGCUACAACGGCACCGACUACUUCACCGGGGAGACGGGGGUCAGGAUCGACUACAUCGCCCUGCACAAGAAGGCAAGAUCUUAAAACAUGGACACAAAGACACAGAAAGUUAAAUGCAGACAGUUUUAAGAUUUUCUCUGGACCUUAUUUCUCCUUUUCUGUGUUGCAGGGUGGAGGCUACUCCUUGCCCAUCCUCCUGCAGGAGAUGCAGACAGUGAAGGAGAUCCAGGAGCGGUUUCCUCGGUUUCAAAGCCUCCCUGUUUACAACGAUGAGGCGGACCCUCUGGUGGGCUGGUCCAGGCCUCAGGAGUGGAGGGCGGAUGUGACCUAUGCUGCGAUGGUGGUGAAGGUGUGGAGUCGUGUUAAUUAUGCAUUUGUUUUAUUUAUUAGCCCUACAUCAGAGCGAGAUUAAGAUUACCUUUCACAUUAAAGGGAUAUCACGGUGUAAAAUUAAGUUAGGGUCAAACACACCGUAACACAGAGUUAGACACCCCCUCCAGAGAUGAAUGUUGCCGACCGCUUGCUUCUCUAGUUAUACCAACUUUAGUAACAACCACAGGAUAGCAAUACACAGCGGUCUACGUCUCCACGCGCAAACCUCAACCAAAACGCCACUCUAUAGCCACAAAUAAUGCUCAGAACAGCACCGAACUUCAUCAACAGGACAUAUCCUGGGUCACAGCCAUAGUACUAGACACCAAACCUCUUUUUAACUUUGACUAAUUUCUUUAGCGACUCACCUACUCUCUUCCAGCAGCCGCUUGUUGGUAGCGAGACCUCAGUCCAGUCCAUUACGGACUACAGCGGGGUGACAUUUAUGAUCAUUUCUUUAUCAUGUCCUUGAAGUAAUAAUCAUCAUAUUAAUCAUUUUGCACUGCAGUUCCUCUGACUUAGCGUCUCGGUCUGAUUGUAUUUCCAUGAAGAAACUUAAUUUUAUGCUGGAAUAUCCCUUUAAAGUCUAGAGCUAGUUUUUAAAGUAAGGUGUUGUUUAAUAGGAGUCACUGAGUUUGAAACAGAAACGUGGCAUUGCUGUCCCCUGCUGCGUUGGAGUGUGAAGAAACUCACCAACUGCUCUAAAUGCAUAUCAACAUAGAAAAAACUCGCCCUUCAAUUUAAGGUGCAGUCAAGAUUUUGCCCCAGCACACUCCUUUCCUUAGACCACCUGAACACCCCUGGGUCAGGUAUUUUGGUGCAAAAUGAAGCAAGAGGGCUCAAUCAUUCCCCUGUUCUCCUCCUCCAACAGGUGAUACACCAACACCAGGAUCUUCUUCUGUCCGAUCCCAACAGCAGCAUCAACUACACCCUGCUGAGCAACGACAACGCCUUCCUCAGCUACCACCCGCACCAGUUCACCCAGCGCACCCUGACGGCCCGCUUCCAGGUCAACAACACCCACCCACCUUACGUGCAGCUGAUCAGGAAGCCUGUUCUCACCGUCAUGGGCCUGCUGGCUUUGCUAGGUGACAUUUCUUUUACUCUAAAACAAUCAGUCUGUGUUUACCUUAGAGGAAGAGUCUUACCAGCCAUGAACCUUCCCGUAAAUACUCUUGUGUAUCCACAGGUAAAUCUCCAGGGUGUUGUCGUGUCCUGUUUUAAUUACCUCUCCUGUGUGUAAUUGUACUUAAAGGGGAGACUCAGGUUCUGGCUCAGGUUUUGAGCUCGUCAGGAACCAACAGCAGCACCGUGGGAGUUCUGGCCAGCAGCCACAGUGCCGUAAUACCGGGCGGCUCAGACAGCUGGCAGACAGCCGUGCUGGUUUACAACAGUGACGACAACAGCUCCUCUGUCAACACAGAUGAUGUCACUGUGUCACUCAAAGGACUGGCCUCACACAAAGGUUGUCGUAAUAGCGUUUAAGAUUAAAUCGAUGACGCUGAGAAUAAGGACCUGACAGUGUUUUUUUAAAUCAGUCUGUUUUCUGUCCAGGUCUUGUUUACGUCACUUAUUAUCUGGACAACAACGUAACAAACCCGUACCUGCUGUGGCAGAACAUGGGCAAACCCGACUUCCCCACGGCUAGGCAGUUCAGACGCCUCAGGAGUGUGCAGGUAAACAUCAGGCAAGGUGUUCACAGCCAUCUCAGCUCAUGCAUUUAAAGUUAUUUUACAACACUUGGUAUUUAAGAAGGCUAUCCUGGAAACAUUUUUAUUAAAACUUUGCAGAAAAAUACACUUUUAUUCAUUUCAUGGUCAGUUUGAGCUCUAGUUUAAGACUUUUGUAAAUCAGGGCUUAAAUUAUGGAGGACGAAAAGAGACAGAAUGAAAUAUAUAAAUACAUCUCUGAAUCAUAACUUAAAUAUGUCAUUAAUUAAUUGCGAAUGGGAUGCAUCAAUCAUUAUUUAGAGUCAAUCCGUCUUGACUUGAUUGGCCGGGGUAACCAAUCAGGUGUUAGGAUCUGCCCACUGACUUUGAUGGGCGAGUUUGACGGAUAAAUAAUCAAUUGAAUAGUGAAAUAACUAUAUAUGUUUUUACAUUGAUUGAAAUGGUAUUUUAAUUAAAUGAAACAUUUAUUUAUUCAUUUCCGAUUUUAAUUAAUUAGUGACAUAUUUAAGUAUUUAUUUAAAGAUGUAUUUAUAUAUUUUAUUCUGUCUCUUUUCGUCCUCCAUAUUAAAUAAGAUGUAAUUGUGAAAUUUAAUCUGUUACUUAGAACUUCUUUCAAUGACAUUAUAGAGAAAAAACAGCAAAUUAAAUAUUCAGAUCUUACAUGUAAAUUUUGAUCUGGAAUUCAACUUCAUAUUAAACUUUAAAACUGACAGGUGUGCCAAAGAGUUCUUCAUUUUCACUCGGUUAAAACAUCCCAAGUUUCAUGCUAAUAGUUCAUAAUUAUUAACAUUUGGAAUAAGAUUCAUGAUUUUAUUAAAGAAGCUUUUUUUUUCCUCCUGACAUGUUUUGAGCCUCUAAUUUCAGCGCUGUUGUUUUAGGACCCUCGAGUUGACGGACCCUGGGAAGUUCCUGCAGGAGACACUCUGACCCUAAAGGCCAAACUUCCUGUACCUUCAGUCCUCCUCAUCCAUGUUUGUGCCAAACCCAGAGCCAUGCCCAACCAGGUCAGUCCAAACGUACGAUGACGUCUGCUUCCCUGUUUGUUUGUGUUUGUUUUUUUCUCCAGUUAAGCAGGUAUUUUGUUUCUAAGAAAGCUGGAGCAACAAAAAAAAGUCCUGAAUUAGUCUGGACUGUGUUCUCCAAAAGAGAUUAUCCUGAACUCUCCUCUGUUUUUAACUUUUGAUAAGGUCAAUGGAUUACGCUUCAUUGGGAUCACCAAAGGCCAAGUCCUGAUCAUCUGGUCGGACCACUGUGUUGAUUCCAAGUUGGUGCAUCAUGGCAUUUCUUGCCAGUUUGUUAUUUUUUUAAUUGGCAUAAGCCUAAACUUAAAGGAGCCGCUCAGUUCUGAGUUUUCCUCUCUUUAUUUUUGCAGAUGCAUCAAAACAUAUGAAGUCGAAUUCUCCAUGGACCGAAAUGAGUUCAGCAGAAUCAACACUCAGGACACGAUUUUCACUUCCUAUGUUUUUUCACCUGGUAAGAAUAUCACUGUUAACUCUUUAGUUUCUUUUUUUUUUUUAAGGUGGCACUGAGCGACAAAUGUUACUCACCUUUUCCCAUUGUGUUUCUGCAGCGGGUCAGGAGGUUGGAGGUCUGUACAGAGUCCGAGCUGUGGACUACUGGGGAAGACCUGGGCUGUACUCGCUGCCGGAGCGGUAUUCAGAGGAGGGCUAGACCGAGGUCGACACAGGCAGCGUUUCAUAUUCAAAUGAAGUGACAUAAUACAUUUUUACAUUUGCCUUUAUUCUCCUUCAUAAUUUCACAGACUCCAAAUCCAACCCGAAGUCUAUUCAACAAUUUGCUUCUUAAAGCUCCUGUCAGGAACUUUCAGUUUGCAUCAGUUUUGGCGCCCCCUGUGGACCAAGUGACACCUCUUAUCUCUUGUCCUGUAUCUGUGAAAAUAGUCAUCCUGUGACAUUUUUCGCUCAUUGUAAGUUUCUGACUGUGUCUCAAUCCUCUGAUCCUCUCCCAGCCGAUUCGGGCGUCAAAAUUUACAGCUGAGAAAUUUUCAGCUUUGUUUCUGACGGUCUCAGCUGAUUAAGAAAGUAAUAAAGAAGCAACAGGUCCAGUUUUAAGCUGCUUAUCAACCAUUUAAAACCUCCUCAGAGUGCGUUUAAGUUGUUCCUUUAAAUCUUUUGAUGUAAUGAAAUACCAGGAAGUUCCUGCUGCCAGUUUCAACCGUGUUUAAUUCAGUUUGUUCUGCAGUCAUUUGAACAAAGCAGUGCUGAAAUAAGGUUGGAGUAAUAGUGCAUUUUGUGUAUUUGUAUGUAACAUGUUAUUGUUUUUAGCUUCAACACAUAGAAACAAUCGUUUUUUAUAACGCAGAAGCAAUCAGAGCAGCAUCGAUGUAAAAUCUGUAACAAUUUGUCCUUUUUUCUAUUUUUAGAUUCUUAAAUUUUGUUCAUUUGUUUUUAAGAGUAAAAGAAGUCAACUCUGAA